UCCCAGGUGAAUCAUCAUACUUCUACCAGUAAUGAGACCUAUCAAGAACGUCUGACAAGAUUGGAAGGUGAUAAAGAAUCUCUCAUAUUGCAGGUGAGUGUUCUCACAGACCAAGUUGAAGCCCAAGGAGAAAAAAUCCGGGACUUAGAAGUUUGCCUUGAAGGGCACCAGCUGAAGCUUAAUGCUACAGAAGAGAUGCUUCAACAGGAACUGUUAAGUCGGACGCUGCUAGAAACUCAGAAAUUAGAUUUAAUGGCAGAAGUUUCAGAUCUGAAAAUCAAACUGGUUGGAAUGGAGAAAGAACAAAGCGAAUAUGAAGAGAAGCAGAACAAGGCUGAGAAUUUGUUACAGGAACUCAAACACCUGAAAAUUAAGGUUGAAGAGCUAGAAAAUGAAAGGACUCAAUAUGAAUGGAAACUGAAAGCAACUAAAGCUGAAAUAGCACAGCUUCAAGAACAGCUAGCUCUAAAAGACUCUGAAAUUGAACGAUUACAGAGUCAAAUCUCGAGGACGUCAGCAAAUAAUGAAAUUGCAGAGAGAGAGGAAGUGUAUAAGAGAAGGCUAAAAGAGAAAUACCAAGAAGUCCAGCGUUUGAAAGUAGGAAUGGAAUCACUAUUGGUUGCAAAUCAGGAAAAGGACCGCCGCAUAGAAGAGUUAACCGUUUUGCUAAGCCAGUACCGAAAAGUGAAAGAGAUAAUGCUAGCAGUCCAAGGAACCUCAGAAAGAGUUUUGUCUGCCAGUGGUGAAGUUGAUUUUGAAGCAACCUUAAGAAAAUGGAACCACAUGCACGCGCCUCAAAUAGAAUAUAAAACAGAGAUACCUCAAGGGGACUUGGCUCCACCUAUAUUGCUUCCUGCAUCACAAAAAAUACUGGAAAUCAGGGGAAGCUCUCCAGUUCCCUCAAAUAAACUAUCUUUGACAAAUGGGGAAACUCCGGAAUUUCAAAACAGGAUCUCUCAGAAAAAAAUUUCAAGUAGUCUAGAAGACUUGCAAAGUGAAUCUCUGGAAAAGCAUGUUGAUGGGAAACCAGUAGAACGUGAUCUAGAAGAAGAGAAUAAAUCUCAUGUGAAAAGCAGCAAGUACCAAACCUUGCCAGGAAAACUUCCUCGAGCAGCACACAAUGAAGAUAACCACCUGUACAAUACACCUGCUACUCCAUGUUGUAUAAAUGGCAAUGAGGACAACAGCAUACAGAGCCUGAGAGCUCCUGAUCACAUGGACAAUACAACUUCAGAGGAACUUUCACCCUUGUCAUCUGGAACAGAUUCAGGUGCACAGUCUCCAUUAUCUCCAGACAAUAAAAGAAAUCCAAAAGGAAUUAAAAAAAUAUGGGGAAAGAUACGUCGAACUCAAUCUGGAAAUUUCCCUGGAGAUGAUCUAGGUUUGGUUGAAUUUCGAAGAGGUGGUCUCCGUGCAACAGCUGGACCUCGAUUAUCUCGGUCAAAGGACACCAAGGGUCCAAAGAGUGAUCAUAAUGCCCCAUUUGCCCAAUGGGACACUGAACGUGUUUGCAACUGGCUUGAAGAGUUUGGCCUUGGUCAAUAUGUCAUUUUUGCAAGACAGUGGAUAUCAUCUGGCCAUACACUUCUGACAGCAACACCUCAGGAUAUGGAAAAGGAGUUGGGAAUUAAGCAGCCUUUACACAGGAAGAAAUUGGUUUUGGCAGUCAAAGCUAUAAAUACAAAACAAGAUGAUAAGUCUGCGCAGUUAGAUCAUAUCUGGGUUACACGAUGGCUUGAUGAUAUUGGUUUACCCCAGUACAAGGAUCAGUUUCAUGAAUCACGAGUUGAUGGCAGAAUGCUGCAAUAUCUAACUGUGAAUGACCUCCUCUUCCUCAAGGUUACAAGCCAGCUGCAUCACCUCAGCAUUAAAUGUGCCAUUCACGUGCUACACCUGAACAAUUUUAACCCACAUUGCUUACGCAGAAGACCAGCAGACGAGAAUACUAUCUCAUCAUCAGAAGUAGUACAAUGGUCCAAUCAUAGAGUGAUGGAAUGGCUCAGAUCAGUAGAUUUGGCAGAAUAUGCACCAAAUCUUCGAGGAAGUGGCGUUCACGGUGGACUCAUCAUCCUGGAGCCUCGUUUCAAUGGAGAUACUCUAGCAAUGCUCCUCAACAUUCCACCUCAAAAGACUCUGCUAAGACGCCACUUGACCACAAAUUUCAAUGUGCUCAUCGGGCCAGAGGCUCAGCAAGAUAAAAGGGAAAUCGUGGAAUCUACCGCUUAUGCAGCUCUCACUACCACCGCAAAAGUCCGG